AUGGCGCUGCGGCAAGCGCUGGGCCAGGGGCUGCGGCUGGCCCGAGGGCUGGUGUCGCGCUGCUUCUGCCGGGCGCCUCCCGCCCCUGGGCCGCCGCCGCUGCCGCUCGCCCUCCUCCGCCCGCAAGCGCCGCCGCCGUCCCGCGGGGGCUUCCUACGCGAGGCCGCGGCCCGCCUGGGCCUCCGGCGGGUGCCGCUUCGGCAGAUAGCCGGCCCUUGCCGCCCCCGCCCCCGCCUGGGCUUGGCCUUCAGCCUCGGACUGGCGUUGCUCGAGCCGGCGCUGGCCCAGCGGAGGCAGGCGGACGAGGCCUGCAAGGACAUCCAGACGAUCUUUAUCCGAAGGAAGAGGAUCCAGAAAGAUCCUUUGGGCUUAUUCCACCAGCGGGGCUUCAAACUGGAAGAGUACUCCAUCGGCCAGCCCAUUGGCAAAGGCUGCAGCGCUGCAGUAUACGAAGCAACAAUUCCUUCAUCUGCCUCUUCCAAAGCAAUUGUUGACCAAAACUCUGAAGAUUGUAAUCAGCAUGAGGAUUCUGAUAUCCAGGCUGUGGAUGCUCGCCAAGACCAUGACUGGAAAGCCAGCUUCCCACUUGCUAUCAAAAUGAUGUGGAACAUUUCGGCCGGUUCCUCAAGUGAAGGCAUCCUCCGCACCAUGUCUCAGGAACUUGUUCCGGCCCAGGGCUCUGCUUUGUCUGGAGAAUUUGGAGCUGUCGCCUGCCUCAGGAAACCCAGCUUUGGGAAGAAGCGGCUGAAACCCCACCCAAACAUCGUCCAGGUGCUCCGGGCGUUCACAUCUCACGUCCCACUGCUCCCUGGCGCAACAGUAGACUACCCGGAUGUUCUGCCUGCCACUCUGAAUCCCUCUGGAAUUGGACACAGCCGCACCCUCUUCCUGGUGAUGAAAAACUAUCCAUGUACUCUGCGCCAGUAUCUCCGAGAGAGGAUUCCCGAUGCCCGCCUGGGCACCAUGAUGAUCCUGCAGUUGCUGGAAGGGGUGGACCACCUCGUUCGACAAGGAGUGGCUCACAGGGAUCUGAAGUCGGACAACGUCCUUGUCGAAUUUGAUCCUGCGGGACGUCCGUGGGUGGUGAUCACAGAUUUCGGCUGCUGCUUGGCCGAUGACAAAAUUGGCUUGAGGCUGCCUUUUACCAGCUGGUACGUGGAUCGCGGCGGCAACAGCUGCCUCAUGGCACCAGAGGUGCUCACGGCUGCCCCCGGUCCCAGCGUCGUGAUCGAUUACACCAAAACAGAUGCCUGGGCGGUUGGAGCGAUAGCGUACGAGAUCCUCGGCGCGCGCAACCCAUUCUACGGCAGUGGACGAUCGUCCCUUGAAAGUAGGAGUUACCGGGAGGAGGAGCUGCCACCCUUGCCGGAGAUGGCACCCCCAGAAGUGAAGAAACUUGUCAAGGCGCUGCUUUGCCGAUAUCCCAAGAAGAGACCCUCGGCCAGAGUUGCGGCCAACGUGCUUCACCUGAGCCUGUGGGGGGAAGGCAUCCUCAGCCUCAAGGACCUGCGGCUCGACGCCAUUAUUGGCUGGCUCCUUCACCAAUCAGCAGCCACCUUACUGAUGGACGGACUCGGGGAUGGGAACUGUGUGGAAACCAAGCUGCAGAGAUGCUUCUUGGCCAACCUGGAGUACGAAGACCUCUGGGAGGCCGCAGCCCUGCUUCGCUCCUGGAGAAACGUGGCGGUGGGAUGA